AUGUCUCUAGAAUAAUUAUAAUGUAUAGAAGACGAUAGAUAAUAUUAUCAAUCAAUUAGUAAAUCAACACAAUAGUAAUCAUAUCAAUCAAUUGCAACAUUAUAAUCCGAUCAAUCAAUUGAAUCAUUAGAAAAAUUAGUAUCAUAAGAGAUUGUUAAGGAUUCAAACUUGAAACUUGAGUUAGAUCAAUUUAUAGGAUUAUUAUAAAAAGUCAAGCCAUCAAAUUUGAAAAAUGAGCUCUCAGUUGUGAUGAGUACAGAACAGGAGGAAUAUUAUAGUUUUUAAUAAAAACAACCUUUAGAUAGAAAGGAAGUAAUGUUUGAAGGAUUUUAGAAAUGCUAUGUUGAGGCAAUAAAAAUAAUUAGCAAUUUAAUCAGAGAUUCAAAAGAAUAAAAUUAUAUAAUAUCUUAUUUGGAAAAGAUGCAAAUGAUUUAUGUAUACAUAAAAUUGCAAUAAUUAGAUUAUGCAUAUCUAGAGUUAUUAAGGCAUGGAAAAAUCUAUGAAUCUACUAAAUAGUUUAAAGUAAACUCUAAUUGAUGCUGAUUAAGAAAUAACUUUAUUACAUAACUAAACAGCAGAGCAAUAAUAGAUUUUAUAGAAGAUGCAAUAGCAGUUAAAACAAAGUAUGAGUGAACUCAAUUAAGAACGAUUAAAUUCAUUGGAUUUAUAAUAAAAAAAUUAACAAUUAAAGCAUUUGAUAUUAGUGGCUAAUAAAUAGUUUGAAUCAUUAUAAGAGAAAUUACUAUAAACAGAAUAAGAAUUAAAUGAAAUAGUUUCAACAUAGAGUUAGUAGAUUAAAUAAUUAGUUUAAACAAAUAAAAAUUUGAGAGAAGCUAUUGUAUUUAAUGAUAAGAAAUAAGAAGAUCCAAAAAAAGUUAAUUGUUCUCCAUUAAAUUCACAAAGAAAUACACUUAAUAAUAAUUAAGAGAAUCAAUAUAAUCAAUUAAAUAAUUAAUUACCUAUUAAUUCUUAAAGAGCAAGUAAUCUAGAUAAAGGGGUCACAAAUACAUCUCCUUAACAAUCUUAGAGAUGCACAUCUAAUAAAAGAGAAUGGAAUAAAUGUACAAAAAUAUUUAAAUGA